UGUGGAUGGGGCACAGAGCCCGAAACAACGCCCCGCCAGGCGAUCAAGGAUCGUCUCGAAGGGCUCAAAAAAGUGAACAGCGAGCUCUUCGAGCUAGUCGGAAACCUCUGUUCACGGCCUGAAACCGAAGCUAUCGAAAUACUCCAUCGAUUACGGGCAUCAGGCGAUGUAUUUCAUGUCUUGAACCUCGUCCGGACGGGCGACAUUCUACUGCGAAUGCGAAUAAACGAAGCGAGAGAAGGGAGAAAACAGAUGAACCUGGAAUCAAAAGCCGGCAUUCAUCCGAAAAAGUCUUCUGAUGGCGGUAGCUAG